UGACGUCACACUGUUCAACGCGGGGUGUGUUUCUUUUCGCGGUUCUGGUGGAGCGAGGCCGGUCACCAGGCCAAGCAGUUGACUUUCGAACGUCGUCCUGGAUACAUGUUGAAACUUUACUAAACAGAGCUAUGGAUUUCGACUUUUUAUUUAACGAUACAGCUAUCCAAUUUUCGGACUUCCGCGAGUUUACGUUCCUACCCGGACAACGAAGGUUGUCUGAACGACUGAGAAAGCGACUUUAUUAUGGAUUGGAUCGUGAUGUGUCACUUGAAGUACUCUCUUCUCCUAUGACAGACAUUGCCGUUGAACUCUUCCGGAAAUCUGCACCAAGCCCAAUAAGGAAACUCCACAAGAAAUACGCUGUUCAUGUCUCCAGGGAGGCUUGUAUUUCACCGUGUGCCAUGAUGCUGGCGCUGGUUUACAUUGAAAGGCUCCGAAAUAGAAACCCGGAAUACUUACAAAAGAUCUCCUCCUCUGACCUCUUCCUCAUCUCCAUGAUGGUUGCCAGCAAGUAUUUGUACGAUGAAGGAGAAGAAGAGGAGGUCUUCAAUGAUGAGUGGGGAGCAGCUGGAAAACUGGAUGUCGAAUCAGUCAAUAAUCUGGAAAUGAAUUUCCUGAACGCUAUUGAUUGGAGUCUCUUCACUGGGUCAAAUGAGUUCUUGGAUACACUGAGCCAACUCGAGAGCAGCAUUGCCGAGCGUAAGGGGAUGACGCGAGGCUGGUUUACCUACACUGACCUCUGUGUGCUGCUCGAGCAAUCGGUGUGGAGCCAAACACUUGGAGCUCUCUACCAGCACUUUAUCAAGGUUUCCUGUAUGCUUGGCUUUUUGUAUCUGACUAGUGUGGCAGGUCUCAUUGCCUCAAGCACUGUGCUCCACCAGCUCAGUCUCUGUCCAAGUGGCCAGACUCUGAUGACACCCCCGGGCGAAGUCACUUCAACACUCCCAAACCCUGAUGCUCCCGCUCAACCCCAGCCACUCCCCUGUAACACUCUGUCCAACGAGAGUCUGAACCGUCACACCAACGCGCUCGGAGCGGCUUCGCUUCACACCACCCCGCAGGCAUCAGUGUUGUGUCUGUGGGGUUCACUGCUUACCUCUGUGGGCUCCGUACAGCUAGAAACACCAUUGGAGUCUCCUGAAACCUGGUGCACUUCCUCCACCUUUUGUCCGGGCUGUCGUCGCAACCUCUCGACCUCUGAGAGCAUGCUGAGUAACACCUCCACUAUAUUCACCAGUCUUACAUCAUGGUUGGCCUCCAUCUUGAUUGGAGGCGCUGAAGCGAGUCAAAAUUCUCACCACGAGGUGUUUUCGCUUGGGCAGCUGAGACCUUGUCAUCCAAAGUUUCUGUUACCUGAAGACAAGACACAAGCUCUCCUCUUGACCGGCUAGCACACUGCAGACUCCACUGCUGAUCAUCAUUCGGCAAAAGAAACCAGCACUGCUUUUUUUUUUUUUUUUCCAAAUUAUCCCCACCUUGUGUAAUUCUCGAUAUGGUGCACAAACACAUCUCAGACAUGAGAUGCUCAGUAUAGUCACUUUAUUUGACCACAGAAAUCCUAACUUCUUUUCAGAGAAGUUUGAGGGUUUCUGUUACUGGUUUGAAGAUGGGAGGUCUUGAUCCGUGUGUUCUGAGUGAUACGGUCUCAUUUGAGAAGGGUUUGAGUAUGUUGAGUUUAAGCGAUGGUGCUUGGUGAGAAGAAGAAACGUAAAUAGCUUUAUGGUCAUAUUGAUCACCCUUUUUUUUCCCUUACAGCUUUUUGGGGGGAAGGUCAAACAGGUCAUGUUCAUACACAUCAUGCUGCAACUCUUUUUAAAUGGAAAUGAUGAUCAUAAUUCAACACCUCCUGCUGAAGCAAUGAACAUCUUCCCACGACAGGGUAGUAUGAUAAAUUCCUACUGAGUAGUUUCCUAUUUCCUGGGGCUGUUUGCGUGUUUUGUUCCAUAAUGCCACCUAAUUUAGCAUGCUAACAAUCUAGCUGCUGUGUACCUUCCCUGGUCACGUGUCUGUUGCAACAGCACAUUUUACUUUAGACGUACCAGUUACUGAAAUAUUGAUCUUUUGGACGGUAAAGGAUUGACGCGCAGGUUUUUAAGAUUGUGUUCCUGACAAAGCCAAAGUUGUGCCCGGGAAUAUAUGAUAGGACAUUUUAUUUUGACAAUUUGAUAUACUUGGAAGCACAAUGUCCUUAAUUUUGUACACCCAUGUAAAACAGAAAUAUUGUCAAGUAAGUGAGCUAAAUUAAUAAAGAAUUACUUUCUUGAAGUUACA